GGGGAGCAGCGGCCGGAGUCUGAAACAAUGAUUGCGCGGAGGGAAGUGGGCGCUGUGAGAGGCGGAAGGUUUUUUAUUUAAAAGGAUUUUUUCAUAUGUAUAUAACAAGAAAAACUAAUUGUGUUCGGACGCGGGGAUAGAAGAGGGCUGUGGACGAGCUGCGCUUUGCCUGAUUAUAUUCCAUUAUAUUGUACUGUAACUGGUCAGAGCAGCCGCCGCCGCCACAGCGGAGAGAGGACACAGACACACACACACACACACACACACAGUGGACAAUGUGGAUUCCCACCGACAAUGAGAAGUACGGUGUGGUGAUAUCCAGUUUUCGGGGUACAGUUCCUCACGGUUUGCCAUUGGAAGUCGGAGAUACCGUUCAAAUCCUGGAAAAAUGCAACGGCUGGUAUAGAGGAUUCGUGUUGAAAAAUCACAGCACAAAGGGUAUUUUCCCCGCUUCCUACAUUCACCUGAAAAAUGCCAAUGUCAAGAACCGAGGACAAUUCGAGACGGUCAUUCCAACAGAAGACACUGUCAUCACAGAAAUGACAGGAACGUUAAGAGAAUGGGGGACAAUGUGGAAACAGCUCUAUGUGAGAAACGAAGGGGAUUUGUUCCACAGGCUGUGGCACGUGAUGAAUGAGCUGCUUGACCUUCGGAGGCAGGUGCUUGUUGGACAUCUCACACGUGACAGGAUGAAGGAUGUGAAACGUCACAUCACCGCGCGCCUGGACUGGGGCAAUGAGCAGCUGGGUCUGGAUUUGGUUCCGAGGAAAGAGUUCAGUAUGGUGGAUCCUGACGAGAUCAGCGUCACAGAACUAUACAAAUUGAUGGAGCACAAGCAUCGGAAGAAAGACACGCCCGUGCCAACCAGUACACACCACCUCUUCCUGCAGAUGAAAAGCUUGAUGUGCGCUAACCUUGGCGAGGAGCUGGAGGUGUUCUUCUCCAUUUAUGACAGCAGAGAGUACAGCCCCAUCAGUGAGAGAUUCUUUGUGAAGCUCAACAAAAAUGGUUUGCCGAAAUUUCCGGACAGGAUGGAAAGACAAUGCACGCUUUUUGUGGAUUUGGGAAGCAGUGACCUCAGGAAGGACACGUACAUCACCGUUCACAUUAUCAGAUUAGGUCGGAUGGCGGCAGGCGAAAAGAAGAGCGUUUGCAACACACAGUAUCGGAGACCGUUUGGUUGUGCAGUACUGAGCAUCGCAGACCUGCUGCAGACAGAGAGGGACUCCAGGGAAGCAAAAGAGGACCACAUCCUGAAAGUCUACAUGUGCAAUACAGAGAGUGAAUGGUACCAAAUACAUGAAAAUAUUAUCAAGAAAUUGAAUGCACGAUACAACUUGACAAGUUCCAAUGCUGGUCUGUCAGUGGUGCUGCAGCUGCUUCAUGGAGAGAUGGAUCAGAUCCGGAGAGAGUACCCAGUUCUCUUCACCCGAGGAGUGGCUGUCACCAGGAAGCUGGGCUUCUCUGACAUUAUAAUGCCAGGUGAUAUUCGGAAUGACUUGUACAUCACACUGGAGAGAGGGGAGUACGACAAGGGGGGGAAGAGCGUGGCCAGGAAUGUAGAUGUCACCAUGUACGUGCUGGAUAGUGAAGGGCAGAUUAUAAAGGAUUGUAUUUCACUGGGAUCCGGGGAGCUUCCCAUCAGCGAGCACCACUCCUUCGUCCUUUAUCAUAACAAUAGCCCCAGGUGGGCAGAGCAGUUGAAGCUUCCCAUUCCUGUGGAGAAGUUCAGGGGGGCCCACGUCCGCCUGGAAUUCCGGCACUGCUCCACAAAGGAGAAAGGCGAGAAGAAGCUGUUUGGGUUUUCCUUUGUUCCGCUGAUGCAGGAGGAUGGCAGAACCUUGCCAGAUGGUGUUCACGAGCUGCUGGUCCAUAAAUGCGAGGAAAACACAAACUUUCAGGACGCUGAUCGCUACCUCAAACUUCCAUAUUGCAAAGGGAACAGUCAGGCAGGCAAAGCCACAAAAGAGUCUUUCUGGAUCUCGUCCUUUCUCUGCUCCACCAAGCUGACGCAAAAUGGAGAGUUGCUAGACUUCUUACAAUGGCGAGCCCACCCAGAGAGAAUAUCCGACAUCCUCUCAAAGCUGAAAGAUAUAGACGGUGCAGAAAUCGUCAAGUUUUUACAAGAUACCCUGGAUGCACUAUUUGGAAUUUUAGAUGAAAAUUCACAAAAAUAUGGAUUGAAGGUUUUCGAUUCAUUGGUUCACAUAAUAAACCUGCUGCAGGACAGCAAGUUUCACAAUUUUAAGCCCGUCAUGGAUACAUACAUCCAGAGCCACUUUGCUGGAGCGUUAGCUUACAGGGACCUGAUAAAGGUGCUCAGAAGGUACAUUGACCGUUCCUUGGAAGCCGAGCGACAGGAGCACAUUCAGGAGGUGCUGAGGGCACAGGAAUACAUAUUCAAAUACAUCGUUCACUCCCGGAGUCUCUACACACUGGCAACCGGUGGGCAGAACGAGGAGGAGUUUCGAAGGAGUAUUUCUGAAUUAUUUCAGUCGGUGCAGUUCUUUCUGUCCAUGGAGAGUAAAGGGUCUUCUGUCGUGACUCAGACUCAGGCUGUGUUCCUGAGCUCUUUCCCGGCCGUGUACUCAGAGCUGCUGAGGCUGAUGGACGUACGAGACGUGGCGACGCUGGUGAGAGAUACCCUGCACAGUAUGCCAGCCAUCACACACAUGGAGUACUCCCUGGAGGCUGUCAAACUCCAGUGCAUCGCUAAAACAGUGGAGAGCCAGCUUUUCGCCAGCCCUGAAUCGCGCUGUAUCCUCCUGCCCGUGGUUCUGCACCACCUUCACAUGCACCUACAAGAGCAGAAGGACCUGAUCGUGUGUGCCCGCGUCCUCAGCAAUAUCUUCUGCCUCAUAAAGAAAGACGGCACUGAGGCGUCUGUUUCCGAGGAGAUGGAUGUGCUGGUGAACAGCUUGCUGGUCGUGCUGCUCAGAACUGUGUUGGAGAUCAGCAAUCGCCCCCAGCCCUCGGCGACCGCAGUCCGCCUGCAGUUUCAGGAUGUCACAGGGGAGUUUGUGGCCUGUCUCCUUGCUCUGUUGAGGCAGAUGACCGACAAUCAUUAUCAACAGCUUCUGGAGAGCUUUACCAACAAAGAGGAUCUCCGGGAUUUUCUGCUGCAGAUCUUCACAGUGUUUCGGAUCUUGAUUCGACCUGAGAUGUUUCCCAAAGACUGGACGAUCAUGCGCUUGGUCACCAACAAUGUCAUCAUCACAACUAUCCUGUAUCUCUCCGAUGCCCUCCGAAAAAACUUCCUGAACGACAAUUUUGACUACAAGGUGUGGGACUCAUACUUCUACCUUGCGGUCAUAUUUAUAAACCAGCCUUGCCUCCAGCUUGAGAUCUAUUCUCCUUCGAAGAGGAAAAAAGCCCUGGAAAAGUACGGCGACAUGAGAGUAAUGAUGGGAUGUGAAAUCUUCAGCAUGUGGCAAAAUCUCGGAGAACAUAAAAUGAAUUUCAUACCUGGAUUGAUUGGACCUUUUCUUGAAGUGACCCUGGUACCUCAAGCAGAUCUUCGGAAUGUCAUGAUCCCAAUUUUCCAUGACAUGAUGGACUGGGAGCAGAGACGCACCGGAAAUUUCAAACAGGUGGAGGCGAAGCUGAUUGACAAGCUGGACAGCUUGAUGUCGGAAGGCAAAGGUGAUGAAACGUACAGAGAGCUUUUCAACAGCAUAAUACCACUUUUUGGGCCUUAUCCCAGCUUGCUGAAGAAAAUCGAGAGGGAAACGUGGCGAGAAAGUGGCAUUUCUCUGGUGGCUACUGUGACUCGCCUGAUGGAGAGGUUGUUGGAUUAUAGAGAUUGUAUGAAAGUGGCGGAGGUUGAUGGCAAAAAGAUUGGCUGCACAGUCAGCCUGCUGAAUUUUUAUAAAACCGAAAUAAAUAAAGAAGAAAUGUACAUCCGUUACAUCCACAAGCUGUAUGACUUACAUUUGAAGGCCCAGAACUUUACAGAAGCUGCGUACACUCUGUUAUUGUAUGACGAGCUCCUGGAGUGGUCGGAGAGACCACUGAGAGAUUUCCUUCAUUAUCCGAUGCAGACUGAAUGGCAGCGUAAGGAGACCCUGCAUCUCACCAUCAUCCAGAACUUUGACAAGGGCAAAUGCUGGGAAAAUGGAAUAAUCCUUUGCCGGGAAUUAGCUGACCAAUACGAGAGCUUCUAUGAUUAUCGCAACUUAAGCAAGAUGAGGAUGAUGGAAGCCUCGUUCUAUGAUAAAAUAAUGGAUCAACAGCGUUUGGAGCCCGAGUUUUUCCGGGUUGGAUUUUACGGGAAGAAAUUUCCCUUCUUCCUCAGGAACAAGGAGUUUGUGUGCCGUGGGCAUGACUAUGAGAGACUGGAGGCCUUCCAGCAGAGGAUGCUGAAUGAGUUCCCGCACGCCAUUGCCAUGCAGCAUGCCAACCAGCCCGAGGAGACAAUCUUUCAAGCCGACGCUCAAUACCUGCAGAUCUAUGCAGUGAUUCCUAUCCCAGAGGCCCAGGAGAUACUGCAGAAAGAAGGCAUCCCAGACCACAUCAAGAGCUUUUACAGGGUCAAUAACAUAUGGAGGUUCAGAUAUGAUCGGCCAUUCCACAAAGGAAUCAAGGACAAAGAGAAUGAAUUCAAGAGUCUGUGGGUUGAACGGACUGCGCUGACACUAGUUCAGAGCCUGCCUGGCAUUUCCCGCUGGUUUGAAGUUGAAAGAAGAGAAGUGGUUGAAAUGAGUCCACUUGAAAAUGCGAUUGAGGUGCUGGAAAACAAGAACCAACAACUGAGGACGCUGAUCACCCAGUGUCAGAUGAGACAAAUGCAGAAUAUCAACCCUCUGACCAUGUGCCUGAAUGGUGUCAUUGAUGCAGCCGUGAAUGGAGGUCUUGCCAGAUACCAAGAGGCUUUCUUCGUGAAGGAUUACAUUGUCAACCACCCUGAGGACAGCGAUAAAAUAUCCCGCCUCAGGGAACUAAUGUUCGAACAGGCACACAUUCUGGAGUAUGGAUUGGCUGUACAUGAAAAGUUUGUACCCCAGGACAUGAGACCUUUGCACAAGAAGCUGAUCGAUCAGUUCUACGUGAUGAAAUCCAGCUUGGGAAUACAGGAAUUUUCAGGGUACCCUCGCGCCAGUCCCAUCCACCUCACCAAUGGCAGCCCACGUGCCUGUAGGAAUUCUGCUCUCGGUGCUGUCAGCCCAGAUGGUGUCCGGCUCGUCAAUAGACGCAGCCCACUCAGCUACCCAGCGAUCAACCGCUAUUCCUCUUCCUCUUUGUCAUCACAAGCCUCUGCUGAAGCCAGCAACAUCACGGGCCAAUCCGAAAGUUCAGAUGAAGUCUUUCACAUGCAGGCAAGUCCAUCUACCUCAAGUUUAAGCUCCACACAUUCAGCCUCCCCAAAUGUCACCAGCUCAGCACCGUCCAGUGCCAGAGGUUCGCCUUUGUUAACUGAUAAGCACAAGCAUUCAAGAGAAAAUCCCUGCUUGUCGCCCAGGGAACGACCUUGCAGUGCCAUUUAUCCAGUCCCCAUUGAAGCUGCACAGCGGACACUCACCCAGCAGAUAGGCGAUUCCUGCAUGCCCAGAAGCGACCCCAGUCUCUCUGCGCCCGAGAAAGUACUGAAUCCAACACCUAGCAGUUGGAGUCUCGACAGUGGUAAAGAAUUUCGAGCAUGUAUAACAGAAAAUGCAAGGCUGGCAGCCCCCCCAGUUCCACCCAGGCCAGCGCCAACAGUGCAGCAUUGUGUGCAAGUUUGGAAAACAGUCUUGAAUUCAUCAAGUCGAAUACAUUUGGAGGCCUGUAAGAGUGAAAUCAGGAAUUUCUUCAGUGGAACUUCCAAAUUACGACUGAAUUUGAGAUUCUUUUCCAAAUUCCUCCCAAAUUUGAAGACAAUGUUAUAUGAAAUGUGUUUGCUCUUUACAACGUGUUGUAUUUCUUUUCCAUCUGAUGAAAUAGAGUCGCCUGUAAAGAGUUUCAGGUCAUUUUCUCCACAGACGUUUGAUGCUCCUCCUGCACUUCCCAGAUCUCCUCAUAAGAGCUCUGUGCAGUCACUAACUCCUUCUCCCACUGACUACCAGACCUUGGGGCCCGUGUACAACUCGCCUCUGCUAUCAGGAAGCAGCAGUAGUGGGAUCUCCUCGCUCAGCAGGGGCAGCGUGACUGAAACCACCCUGAUGGACGGGCCUAUCACCUGCAACCUGAUGGGCCCCGAAGAGACGGCCAAAAAGGAGAACGGGAUCCUGCCCAGCCUGCCGCCGCGGUACAACGUCUCCGAACACGUGCCCAGCUCGUGCCGGCGCCGAGCCCCGCUACCUCACAGCCUGUCCGUUCCUGCCAGCGCCGAUCCCCCUGCCCUCCCUCCCAAACCACACUUGCUGCGCAUCCACAGGUCGGAGGGGGAGAGCAGGAAGGACGAACUCCUGGUCAGACCCCGGCCACACCCUCGGAAGGUCUCCCAGCUGUAGGGGCGGCUGAGGCUGAGGCUGAGGUCUUGGAGGUGGUGGGAGGGGGGAGGGUCUUGCGACGCUAUUGAGACAUGCGUUGUGUUUAUAACCCAAAUGCUAAUUUGAC